AGUUCUAACUUCUCCUUAUCGUAGGUCCCUUCAUAUGUGACAUUCGUGCCGGUUGUGGUAGAGAGCUUGGUGUGAAGAAUGUCGAGAUGCGGAGGUGGCUGGGAGGCUAGACAUUAAGCUUUGACGCACGACUGCUUCGUGAAGACUCAACUCUGAAGCUACUCAGAUCGCGUAGCUAGAUAGAUGCAGCCUAACUUCGUCCUAUUCGAUAUGAAAAACCGUGAGUGGGUUCCAGACGCCCUCGACUCUGUGAGAUGUAUUACGGACAUUCUUACUCCGUGCAUAUUCCCGAUGACGUACAUAACCCCAUGCCUUCAACCAUCAGCCAAGUAGACUGCAGCCCGCAGAGACUACUACCUCUAGCCUCUACACAGCAGUUUACCAGCAUAACCAUGUCUCUGUCCCCUCCACCACGCGCACUAUUCUUCGAUGUAUUCGGUACCUGCGUCAACUGGCGCGCGACCGUCACUAGUGCGCUUUCCCUCGCAGCCCACAAGUCGCUCAACUCAGCAACCGCAUCAUUGGCAUCUAAAUUACGGUUGCGAGCAUCGGAAAUGACAGAUGAGCACUGGGGGAAGUUCGCCCAGCAAUGGCGAAACAGUUACAAGAUUUUCACAAAACAACUAGCCGCUGACCCCUCAAUCCCGUGGAAAUCAGUCGACGACCACCACUUGAGCGCGUUGAACCAGCUUAUCACGGAAUGGGAGCUUGAUGGCCUGUGGAAUGACGAGGAGAUUCUUGCUCUGAACUUAGUCUGGCACCAAUUAGUCCCUUGGGAAGAUUCUGCCGCCGGCGUUGAGUUACUCAACAAACGAUUUGCAACAGCCAUGCUUUCGAACGGGAAUGUGAGUCUUCUUACAGAUCUCCGUGCGUACAGUGGGAUACCUUUUAUACACAUCUUCUCGGCUGAGAUGUUCGGCACUUACAAACCUGCGCCGGAAGUAUAUCUUGGGGCGGCGGAGAAACUUGGUUUGGAACCUAAGGAGUGUGUUAUGGUGGCUGCGCAUCUACCUGAUCUCAAAGCUGCACAUGGAAACGGUCUGAAGACUGUUUACGUGGAGAGGGCUGGGGAGGAAGAUUGGACUGAAGAGGAGAUCAAGGAGGCGAGGGAGGCGGGCUGGGUAGAUCUGUGGAUUGGAUUGGAAGAGGGCAGUAAGGGUUUUAUUAGUGUAGCGGAAAAGUUAGGGGUCGCUGAUGGAAUGUAAGGCGGAGGCUAUGUGAUUGCGUUGAGCUUUUCUCAGUCACAUAUAGUGUAAGCAACGAGACGUCUACUGAGGUAUGGUUGGUCGAACUAUAUUACAUCACCUCUUGCUAGAGAUCUGAAGACGAU